AUCUAAGGUUUAAUUCACACAGUUACUUUACUGGUUUUCUAAAAAAUCUUAAAAAAUCUUUUCAAAUGCAAUGUGAAUAAUAGCAAUCUUAAUUAAACAAUCGGGAGAUGACACUUGAUACAAUGUUGCCUCCGCGGAUAACACGGAUCUCGCGCGAGAAGAGACCCUGACAAAUCGAACGUCAUACACAGAUCGCGAGGUCAAAGAUCGUCAAACGAAAACAGUGGAUUCUUCUAUAUCAGUUCAAGGAGGUUCUCAGACUAACCGAAGAUUCUCAGCUGGUGAUCACAGCAUCCAAAGAAACAUCUCUGCUUGUCGAUUACGUGCGAUUAAUCGUUUCACGUAAAAUUCCUUCGACAUAAAAAUCGCGAACAAAAGUUGAUAGUUUUAAAGUAUCGAGUUCUUUUAUAAGUGAAGAGUAAAUUCAGAAAAAAUCCAGUAGCUGAUAAAAUUGAAGGAAAGAUGCAGAUCAAGGAUAAACGGGUUAUAGUGACUGGAGCGACAAAUGAUUUGGGUCUGACAUUUAGCAAAGAGCUGCUGCGGAAUGGCGCCUUGAUUAUAGCUUUGAUCGAUAUUCGGCAAUCUCCCGGAGAACAAGCUGUAAAGAAUUUGAAUAAUGAGUUUGGCCGCAAACGUGCUGUAUUUUUGCAUUGCGAUGUGACGAAUAAUUCCGAAUUUAACAUCACGUUUAAAGAGGCAAUCAACAUUCUCGGUGGGCUAGACAUUUUAAUAAAUAAUGUUGACGUGAUAAACGAAAUUGAUUUUUCCAAAGCUAUCGAUAUUAAUGUGACAACAGUAAUUCGUGGGACUCUUCUGGGAAUUCAACAAAUGCGGAAGGACUCUGGAGGCAAAGGCGGUGCCAUCGUAAAUAUUUCGUCCACUGCCGGAUUAAGAGCAGUAUCUCAGCUUCCGGUAUAUUCUGCUACGAAACACGCCAUAGUUAGUUUCAGCCGGUCUUUUGCACAACCUUAUCACUAUGACAGAACCAAUGUAAAAGUAAUUGUUCUGUGCCCUGGUUUAACUGGUACACCAGUCUUAGAAGAUCUACCGCAAGGUAUUUCUAGCGCUGACAUUUUACAGAAGUAUCAACCGCAGAGGGUGGAGAGCGUCGCUCAUGGAUUGAUAUAUGUAGUCCGUUGCGCGCAAAACGGCAGCGUGUGGAUUAACGAGGAAGGAAAACCGGUUUACGAGGUGCAGCUUCCCGACACUUUGCCGCAGAAGAAAACCGAAGUCGACAUGAAGGAAAAUUGCCACACAAAUUUAAAUCUGCCACUGCAAAAUAAAAAAUUUUUCUUUUUGAGAGAUCGUAAUCGUUCGAUCGAUGCAUUAAUCCAAAGUCCAUCUGAACAUCCCCGCCACGACGAAACUCGCGAUGAAGUCGCGGUAUCGUGGAAUCCCACAUCGCUGCUUACUGUAUAUAAAUACUUGAAGGACCGUUUCCAAGUUCAGUCAAAACAUCCAAGUCCGAGAUCAUCCCGCCGACGUUCAUCGGCAUCUGAAAGGGCGAAGGAAAUAGAAGCAAUCAAUUGCAUUGUUUCUGGAAAAAAUAUUCUAAUAACUGGCGGUGCAGCAGGAUUGGGUCACGCUUUCCUCAAUCAUUUUUUAAAGCACGGAGCAAAUAAAAUAAUUAUAUUGGACAUCGAUAUUGAAACCGGCAAACGGAUCGCACUCGGUAUCGAAAAAUCUUGCGGCGAAAAAAAGGUGUAUUUUAUACACGCCGACGUAUCUAAUCACAAGCAAAUGAUUGACGCUUUCGAAGAAGCAUCUUCGUUGUUGGGAAGCAUUGACAUCGUGAUAAACAACGCCGGAGUUUUGGACGAACGAAGAUGGGAAAAGGAAAUCGCGGUGAAUAUUGGUGGCAUGAUCAGCACUGCGAUGUUAGCUAUGAAAUACAUGAGUAGAGAUACGGGUGGUCACGGUGGUGUCUUGGUGAAUGUGAGCCAACACACGGAUAUUCGAAACACGGCUCAGCUUCCGGUUUAUAUUGCCACCAAACACGCCGUCAUUGGUUUAUCGGAAUCUCUUUCGGAUCCUUGUUAUUACGAGAAGACUGGUGUUACCGUGAUAACUUUGUGUCCAGGACUGACGGAAACCGCCCUGACGGUAGAUAGCCCCAACAAACUGCUCUCCAGAGUCAUGAAGGCGGAUUUCGUCAAAAAUCUUGAACAAUUCUCGAUACAGACACCUUAUGUAGUCGCGCAGGGUUUAAUGACGAUAUUGAGGAUCGGCGAAUCCGGCAGUAUUUGGGUCAUCGAGAACGGCAGAGCGCCUUACGAGAUUUACGUGCCGAAUCCGCAAACACUACGCCGUUAUUACAAGAACAACUUUUCACACGUCGACAUUAAGGUCGUGAAAGGUCGCAUGAUAAGGGAAGUCUGCGACAACAGUAGAACAGGCCUGAUGAGCUGCGCCUGAACGCACGCUGAUAAUUAAACAAGGGUUCGACCGUAAUCUCUCUCGUUCUACUCAGCGCUGAAAAUCUUUUCGCCCAACGUCUAUGUGGCAGACGCGUUGUCAAUCGAAGAGACUUCGUACGAAGACAUUUUACGCACAAAUAUAACCGGAGCGCGAAAGGGACGAAAUGCAGUUUUAAAGCGAAAAGUUGUGAUAUUUCGCAAAAAAUCUGUUCUUUCGCGAUUAUAUCACGUAUCCUCCGUAGAUUAUUUUUUAUAUUAACAAGUUCUAUGCGCAUUUUCUGCCAUCUGGCUGAACUCGUGCGCUGGUCCAUAUUUCAUAAGUAGUUCAUAAUUUUCUAACAUAUUGCAUACAUAUCUGAAUUUAUCUUUUUAAUCGAAACUUCCGAUUGUAUGUAGAUAUUUUUGUAAUAAAAAAAUUUAUAAUAAAUGAUUUAAAAAAAUGAUAUAUCGAUAUAUAGAAAUGAGAACUUAAAAUCUUAUGCAGAUUUCACAGGUUUACAUUAGCAUUUUUACACUUAAUUCCUUGAUUCCUUAUGCUGUAAACUCCCAAAUUCAUUAUAAAUAGAAAGAAUGAUAUGGGAAUUUCGGUUACGUUGAUGCUAAAAAUUUGAUAGUUUGCAUAUGCACAUUAGUACAGUAUGCGAUAAUCACUUUCGAGCGAUUUAAAUUCGCCAUUUAAAAACAAAACAUAGGACAGAAAUAGAAAAACAUAAUUGCUCCCGGUAUGUUCGAAUCGCGAUAAACUAACGCGACUUGUUAAUCUACGGAAGGACGAUAAUAAAUCACUGUAGUUAGCAUUCGCUUAUCAAGCAUUUAAAAAAACACUGGAUGUAGCGCGUGGAAGACGCAAUUUUUUACGCACAUUCUAAUCACAUCGUGUAUAAUACGCAGCGCAUUUCAGUAGCAUCAAGCACACGAUAGCCUUGUAUUUAACAUACGUUAGGGUCCUAUAUAUUAAAGACGUUAUAUAAUUCUAUUUACAUCCAAGUACAUCUCUUUUUUGGAAACCGCACAACACUUAUCUUUUACAUCCCAAAUCGCUCAUUUAAAUUUACGUAAUCCGGCAUUUAAAUUCGUGAAACUCUCACGUUUGCAUUCAUCGAAGAGGAAUCACAAGAAAAAGAAUCUGCAUGAAUAUUUUACAGUAAUAUUUUUUCGACAUUACAACUUCUUGAGGAAACACGAAAUUGUUUUAUUUCACACUCGAGUAUUAUGGAAAAAAAGUGCGUAGGAGAUUGGAAAUGACACGACGACGUGUUAUUUCAUCAUUUCAAUAUUAUUCAGCAUCGGGAAUCACAAUAUAUCCGCUGUACAAAACAAAAAUUCAUUCUCGCGUAUAUUAUAUUUUAUUUCUUUCAUAUGCACGAGGCAUGAAACUUAAAAGUUAAAUUUUCUCACCACUGUAUUUUCUAUUUGCGUAUUUCGUUUUAUAUUUCCUAUGAUUCGUUUUAUUUUACUCUGCGUUUCCUCUGAUAGCUUAUUGGAGAUUUGCUUAUCAGUUAUAUAAAUUUCAAGUUAUGUGUGUAUGUGUGUGUAUGUUUAUGUAUGUAUUUAUAUAAUAUCUGUAUGAGUUGGACUCCAUAUGAGCCAUAGAAAAAUAAUAGUCGCAAAUAAUAUUCUUAUUCUGUUUCUUCCACGUCUUAUAUUUUUAAGGACAUUAUCAUGCUUUUAGUCUUACUUGUAUCGCCAUUUAACACAAUUCUACGCGCAGUAUCGUCAUGUGUCAAAAAGGAUUCUUCGAAAGCGUGAAUAGUCAACUACAAUCGAAUUACAAUGACAAAAAUUAUCUUUAUGCAUUUAACACUUUGGAAAUCUUUGCCACGAUUCAUUUUUACACUUAACGCAUACAAACCCAGUUCAUCGUUUAUGUAUACAGAAAAUUGUUCUUGUUUCAAGACUAGAACGCUUGAAUAAAUGUAUAAAAAGAAAAUCAAUUAAGAAAUUAUGAUUUUACUUGAAUAUACAUGUAUGAUCAUUAUUUAACAUAAAUAAUUAUUUAAAUACGUUGUUUCUCCUCCACAUAUAUGUAUUUUGAAUAUAAGUGCUCCAAUUUCUUCCUAAGUAUGUAUAUUAUCAGAAUACCAGAGAAAAAAAAGAGAUGUACAUAUAUAAUUGGCAAAAUAAUAACUUAAGAUAUAAUUAUAAAUAAUGUGUGCACCUUUGAAAAACAUUGAUUUUAAUUGGCAUUAUAAAUUAUAAAUUUAAUAUAAUUUAUCAUUGAUUAUAUAAUGUAGGUUUAGAGUUCCAUUUAAUGAAAAUACUCAAUAUAUUCGAAAGCAAUCGAGGAAUCCUUAGUUUAGAACACGAUGACAAUAAUGUAACAUGAUUUAGAACUUAGCUACUUACAACAAUACGACUGACGCUUACAACUUUCAUAAUUCUAGACGCAGAUCUUACAAAGAAAGAAUAAACAGACCGCAAGCUUCCAAUUUAAUAAUACAAAAAUUCUAUAUAAACUGGUUUUCUCUCAUUUUCCCACUUAUUAUAUAUUCAUCUAUCUUAAUAAAAUUAUAUGUUUACAUGAAUUCCAUGCUAAGCACUUGAAGAAUUUUGUCUGCGUAUGCUCAAAAGAAAAAAAAGAAAAAACAAAACAAAAUAAAAGGAUAUCUUUUUUCGCCAAAUUUGCCUUGUACUAUAUAUUUCACAGUAUUUCUAUUCUCGACAAAUGCAAUUAGAUACAAUCGAUUUUUACAUACUUUGAUGAGAAAGUACUUUUAUGCACGUCUGUUACCAUCCACUUCCGAUAUACGGAUACAAACCAGCUAUUCCAUAACGACCAGUAUCAUCAAGUCACCAUCAUCAUAAAGCCAUUCCAUAAUUAUUUAUAGUCAAGUCUUGAGAAAACCGGACUGAAGAAUGAUCACGAUCGAAUUGUACAAUUUUUCCUAGCUACAAACUAAUUUGUUUAAAGUGUAGCUUCAGAUUAAGAAUUUUUCUCAUUAAGAAUUUUAUCGAUAGACACAUACUUCUAAUUAAAUAAAACUUAUGACUAUUUCCCCUCCCAUAAUUUUCUUCCUUAAAUGUUCUUAUAUCUGAAUCCACAAAUAAGUAUCAAUAUAAAAAAGAAGGGUAA